AUGUAUAUAUCCAUCUUCCUGACUUACAUCAUAGGGCUCGCUCUUUUAAGCACCGCUCACCCGGGCGAACACAUUGAGCGUGAUGAAUCAAACAUUCUUCAAAAGCGAGCGUACCACUCCCAUGUCAUACGAGGCUAUGGAGCCUGCGCCAACAGCCCAGCUCUGGCAGAAGUGACCGCUCGUGCCGACUUACGCCGCCGAGACAUCGUCGAAAAUCAACGACAAGACCUUGCUGCUCGUCGAGGUCAACAAGUACUCAGCCCAAACCUAGAUUCUAAAUCUAAGUAUAUCCUCGAUCUCCCAGAGCCACUCCGGAAGUCCCACCUCAAAACAGAUCCCAAUAUCGGCCCCAAUACCCCGGAAGAUGAGCUAUUCGGUGACAAUGGCAUCUGCGUGCUUAACCCCGAAGGCAUGGUCGGUCCGUUCUACGUGACAGGCGAACUCAUCCGCUCGGAUAUCACCGAAUAUGAGCCUGGAGUACCCAUGACCAUCGAUGCACAGUUCAUCGACGUCGAGACCUGCGAGCCGGUAGAGGGUAUCUGGUGGGAUAUCUGGAGCUGUAACUCUACGGGCGUGUACUCGGGUGUUUUGUCAUGGGAGGACGACGACAAGGAUGAUGAAUCGAUUCUCGAAGCAAAUUUCCUACGUGGAGUACAGCAAACGGAUACCGAAGGCGUUGCUCAGUUCCAGACUAUUUUCCCUGGUCACUACCAACACCGCGCGACGCACCUACAUGUCAUUGCUCAUGUGGGCAAUGUUACUCGGUUCCCGAACGAUACCAUUGCCGGUGGAACUGUUGCACAUAUUGGGCAGCUGUUCUGGGAUCAGGAUCUUAUCUAUGAGGUUGAACGGACGUAUCCGUAUUCUACUAACACGGUGCCUAUAACGCCGAACUCUCGUGACAGAUUGUUCUUGGAUGAAGUUGAAGGGACUACUUCGGAUCCAGUAUUCAAUUAUGUUAAGCUGGGGGAUGAUAUUCGGGAUGGGAUCUUUGCUUGGAUUUCUGUCGCUGUUAAUAUUUCUGCUAGCUAUGAUCCGAGUCAUGAAUGGACAUUGACGGAGCACGGUGAUAUAACUUAUUUAGUAGGUGAUAGCCCUGUAUGA